AUGGUUUUAUGGUCGUGGCAACGAUUAUAUGCAUCAUCGGAUUUGAUUAGUUAUACACAGCUAACGGUACAGCGUAACAAGUUUGUAUUAAAUGUUAUACUUGAGGAAGUAGCAUUGAAUUUAGUUUUCGUCGUUGUUUUUGCAAGGACAUAUAUUCAUAGUGUUUUCAUUGUUUUGGUCAUUUUCGACGAUAGUUCCUGGUCAUUCAUGGAGUUAAAGCAGUUUCGCUUCUCUAGUCACGAAGGAUUGCGAACAGUUGAUAAUCUGGGAAUAACAUGGUGGCGGUUCAUUUCUAAAUACGAAUUUAUACGUGCUAGAAAAGUGGAACACAUGCUUAUUAUUGGGAAUAAUGCUCAGAUAUUAUCAGUUGCUGAUCUGGAUGAAUUUCUGUUAUUUGUAAAGGGCUAG